ACCCCAACGCAAUUCCUUCGUUCCAAUCGCUUCGACCUCCAAAUUAGCCCUAAAAAUGGCGCUGCUUCCUCUUCCCUUCUCCGCUCCCCUCACCACUUCCACUGCCUCCUCCUCAUCCUCAUCGUCAUCCUACCAUGACCUCCGAAAACCCUUCCUCGGCACUGAUUGUCUCCGGCAGCAUCCUCCUCGGAGGAACCCACCUGGGCGCAUGGCGCUGAGACCCCGGGCCGGCAUCACGGCGGCUGGACGGAGCAAACCUAAGGAGCUGGUGUUGGGAAACCCUUCGGUGGCACUACAGAAGGGAAAGUACAGCUACGACGUCGAGACCCUCAUCAACAAGCUCAGUAGCCUCCCUCCCCGCGGCAGCAUCGCCCGCUGCCUCGAGGCCUUCCGCCACCGCCUCUCCCUCUCUGACUUCGCUGUCGUGUUCAAGGAGUUCGCCAUGCGCGGCGACUGGCAACGCUCCCUCCGCCUCUUCAAGUACAUGCAGCGCCAGUCGUGGUGCCGCCCCAACGAGCACAUCCACGCCAUCCUCAUCGGCGUGCUGGGUCGCGAGGCACUGCUCGACAAGUGCCUCGACGUGUUCGAGGAUAUGCAGGCCAAUUCGGUUCCCCGAUCCGCGCUCUCCUACACCGCGCUGAUCAACGCCUACGGUCGCAAUGGCGACCACGAGACGGCGCUGGCGCUGCUCGCGCGGAUGAAGGAGGACCGCAUCGCGCCCACGUCCCUGACGUACAACACCGUCAUCAACGCCUGCGCGCGAGGCGGGCUUCCUUGGGACUCGCUGCUUGGGCUGUUUGCGGAGAUGCGCCACGACGGCAUCCACCCGGACCUUGUUACGUACAACACUCUUCUCGCUGCUGCAGGUGCGCGUGGUCUCUCCGAAGAGGCAGAAAUGAUGCUUCGAACCAUGCUUGAGGCUGGAGUGUUGCCCGACAAUGCCACACAUACUUACCUUGUUGACACAUUUGCCAAGCUCAACCGCCUUGAUCGUGUCUCGGAGCUUCUGUCGGAGAUGGAAGUUGGUGGGCACCUUCCUGAUGCGGCAGCUUACAAUGUGCUCAUGGAGGCAUAUGCAAAGGUUGGUGCCUCUAAGCAGGCGAUGAGUGUCCUCCGCCAGAUGCAGUCAGCAGGUUGUACACCCACCGCCGCGACAUAUAGCAUUCUUCUCAACCUCUAUGGGCGGAGUGGACAAUAUGAGGACGUGCGUGAGCUCUUCUUGGAGAUGAAGGUGGGCAAUACAGCACCUGAUGCCUCGACAUAUAACAUCCUCAUUAAUGUAUUUGGAGAGGGGGGAUACUUCAAGGAGGUUAUGACUCUGUUCCAUGAUAUGGUUGAGGAGAAUGUGGAGCCCGAUAUGGAGACCUAUGAGGGCCUCAUGUUUGCCUGUGGAAAGGGAGGUCUUCAUCAAGAAGCUAAGGAAGUUCUCUCUCACAUGAACCAAAAGGGCAUCAUUCCGAGCUCAAAGGCCUAUACCGGAGUGGUAGAAGCACACGGGCAAGCAGCUCUGUAUGAGGAAGCUUUUGUCGCAUUUAAUACUAUGCACGAGAUUGGGAGCAUAGCAACAGUGGAGACAUACAAUUCUCUGGUCUAUACUUUUGCCAGAGGGGGCCUCUUUAAGGAAGCUCAAGCAAUUUUGGCACGGAUGGAUGCAGCUGGGAUUCCGAGAGUUGAUGAUACUUUUAAUGGCCUUAUUGAAGCAUACUGUCAAGGAGGGCAGUUUGAGGAAGCUUUGAAGACUUUUGUUGAAAUGCAGAAUUCAAAAUGCAAGCCAAAUGAGAGGACUCUUGAGGGAAUGCUGAAUGUUUACUGCACUGCAGGGCUUGCUGAUGAGAGCAAAGAGCAGUUUCAAGAAAUUCAGUCUCUGGGAGUCUUCCCCAGUGUCAUUUCUUAUUGCCUGUUGCUAGGCGUAUAUGCUAGGAAUGACAGGUGGGACGAGGCAUACCAGCUACUGGAAGAAAUGAAAACAAAUAGGAUUUCCAACGCUCAUCAAGUAAUUGCAUCAAUGAUUAAAGGGGAGUAUGAUGAUGGAUCAAAUUGGCAAAUGGUGGAGUAUGUCUUUGACAAAUAUAUAUCUCUAGGUUGUGGUUAUGGUUUGCGAUUAUAUAAUGCACUCUUGGAAGCACUUUGGUGGUUGGGACAGAAAGAAAGGGCUGUGCGUGUUCUCCAAGAAGCAACUAAGCGUGGCCUUUUUCCUGAGCUAUACCGCAAAAGCAAGCUAGUCUGGUCCCUUGAUGUCCAUAGGAUGGCUGUUGGUGGGGCUCUUACUUCUUUGUCGGUGUGGGUUAAUGACAUGCACACUAGAUUUAAGGAAAAGGAGGAUCUUCCAAACUUGGCAACUGUUGUUGUAGUGCGCGGGGAGAUGGAAAAAAGUUCGGUAAUACGAGACUUACCUGUUCCAAAGGCAGUCUAUUCUUUCCUCAGAGACAAUGUAUCGCCAUCUUUCCAUUUUCCUGGAUGGAAUAAAGGCCGUGUCGUCUGCCAACGGUCCCAACUCAAAAAGCUCCAGUCAAGCCUACUAGAUUCAUCAGGAGAUGAAACUGAUACUUCGAACAACUUCAUUGCUCUAACUAAUCUGGACUUUCCGCUGGCAGGCACUCGAAUACACACUGCAGAGCUCAAUGACAAAAUUGAGAGCGAUAACGAGUCAUUCGACAGCGAACAAGAAACUGAAGCUGAGGCUGAACUUUUAGCACUGUGAAAGCAAUGGAUGGCUCGAUGAUCCCAGAUUUUCACGUACUGAUAUUGGACUUGAACAAUUGAACAGAAACAUUCAGAAGUAAAUUUCAGUCGGAGGUUUACGAAUUACCUUUAAAGGUGCACAACAAAAACAAUGCUGUCCUGGUGAUCUUUGAGGACCCUCAUCUGGGCUGAGCUUUGGUGCUACUGGUUCCGCACCCAAAGCUUCGCAAAUGCUUCCUUGCAGAUGAACAUUGCACAGGGUAAAAAUGCUUCAUGUAAUCAAUCAUAUGUAACUUGCCAAAGUAUCCAAUGCAGUAGAGCAAUAGAUUGUUGUAAAAAGAAUGUUUACUUUGAUGAGCAGACGCCUAGAACUGGAUGAAUCUCAGUGACAGCGGAACUGAAAAAUAGCAUUCAUCCUGAAAAAUUCGCAUUCACUAAA